AUGAAGUUGGUGGAACUUGGCGGGUGCGUUCUUGGAAAUUCUGACUUCGUCGACGUGUUUUGUGUUAAUUUCCUCGCUCGGAAAAAGGACAAUACAUACCCUGGCUGUUCGUCGGACCUUCCAGUACACUUUUACUCUCUCUCCACGGAUCUGAAUCCGAAUUGGGGGCACUCUCAUGGAUCACAACGCGAAUUGCUUGAAUAUCUGCGUAACUUGGUCGAUAAAUAUGAUUUAAAACCGCAUAUCGUGUUCAAUACCCAGGUCGUUUCCGCGGUAUGGAACCAAAAAGAUUCCACGUAUACCAUCACCACAAAAGCUGCCCCUAAACACGACGCCUCGAAAGUACUUCAGCGAGCGCAAAUACACGAGCAGCUCGAGAAGGAACACCACCAAACCGUCAGUGAGGCAGAGGUCUUGGUUUCGGCGUUGGGGAUCUUGGAAGUGACACGGUACCCAGACAUUCUUGGUCUAGGGGAGUUUGGAGGAGAUAUGUUUCAUUCGGGCAGUUGGAAUCAUGGUAUAGUUUUGAAAGGAAAGAGAGUGGCUGUUGUGGGGAAUGGCACAUCUGGUGCACAGAUCGUCCCAGCCAUAUCAGAGGACCCGUCUGUGAACGUAGUCAACAUCUGUCGCACACCAGUGUGGUACUUUCCUUUAGCGGAUCAUGCGUAUGGCACUUUUGCGAAAUGGAUAUUCAGAGAAAUCCCUCUGUGUUUGUGGUUGUAUAGGUGCUACCAUUUUCUGAUUAGCGAACUCCUCUACCUUAUGGUUUUCUUGGAUGCCGGAUUUCGGCCAUUGUUGCGCAUGGUUAUGCUUCUGUACAUGAAAUCUCAGGCUCCCAAAGAGUAUCACGAAUCCAUCGUUCCGAAAUACAUUCCUGGUUGCAAGCGCUUGGUUAUGGAUCGUCCUCAAUUUCUCAAGUCUUUGCAUCGACCGAAUGUCGAUAUGAACUGGGAUGGCAUUGAAAGAAUCACGAAGGACGGUAUUCUUACGAAGAAGGGUGAACAUCUACCUUUCGACGUUAUCAUAUUUGCGACUGGGUAUAUCGGAGACGACUAUCCCCUGUACGUGAAGGGUGUCAGUGAGACUGUUCAAGAAUAUUACGCAAGAAAGGGGGGGCCUAUGGCUUACUACGGGACAGUUUUGCCUGGAUUCCCGAACUUCUUCGUGAUUGGCGGUCCCAAUACGGGAACCGGGCAUACAUCUGCAUACUUUACCCGAGAGAUGCAGAUCUGUUAUGCGCUCAACUUCAUUCGACGGGUCCUUUAUGGGGACAUAACGUCCUUUGAAGUCAAAAACGAGUCUACGGAGGAGUACAACGAACUGAUCCAACGCCGGCUGAAGGACUCGGUGUUUGUCACCUGUGGUUCAUGGUAUCGAACAGACAACAACGGAAAGAUAUCGAAUAUCUUCCCUGGCUCGGCGACCUGGUUUUGGUGGAGAUUGAGGAAGGUCAACUGGAAACAUUUCAAUGUGACUUCUACGAGGACUGAGAAAUAA